AUGCAUAGCAGUAACCACACACAAUAGAGCAAACAAAUUUAGCCCAAUGUCUCUUAUCUGUGAAUAAAUUUGCUCCAAAACUGUUUCAAUAUUUCUCAACAGUAGCACACAACAGCAGCACAUAUAAAAAAAAUGAUAUCUUCUUUCCUCAAUCUUCAGAGGCACGCAAUACACGGCAGCAACAACAGGUCGGCAAGACGGCAACCUCCGGCGGCAGCACAAAGGCCAACAACAGCACGAAGGGACGACUGCCUGGACGCACCCGUGCAUGAGCUCCAGUAGUAGAGCCAGCCGGGCCUUCCUCACCACGCCAUCCUUCACCGUGCUUGUCCAUGGCUCCAGCCGCCUCGACUGUGCCGGCGCUUCUCCCCGGCUCCCGGCUACUCCGCCCUCCACUGUUCGCCCAGCCAGCGUUGGCUCCCGGCUACCCCGCCGUCCACUGUCCGCCCAGCCAGUGCCGGCUCCCUUCUCCAUCCCUCGUCCACCUCAUCGCCAGCGCCGGCUCCCUGUGCUGCAGCAUGCAACACGCCGUCGCCUUCAGCCUCUCUCUCGAUCUGGAAAAAUAUGGGAGGGCUUGGGGUGCCCGAGAGGUAGGGAAGGUGGAGAAACACAAGGCUACCUUCUUCUCCCUUCGCGCGGGGCAGGCGCUUGGAUGUAUGCGCGACGCUGGGCAGGGCGCGGCGGCGCGACCACGACGGUCGUCCCGGCGACGGUGGCGGCGCGUGGGGGCUGCUGGGUCGGUGGAGUGUGCCUGCGUAGGGUGGGCGGCGUCGGGGCUAUGGUGGUCCGAUCCAGAUCUGGCGGGCUGCUCCUCCGACUGGCUGUUCUCGCGGGCGGCGCGGGCUGAGGCGGCGUGGUCCGGUCGUCUUCGGCGGUCCUUGGGUGCUGGAGGUGGCCGGAGCGGGGGCGUGCCAUGGUGGGGUGGUCGAAGGCGUCUGCGGCUGGGCUGGCCUCUUCCAGUGGUGCAGGUCAGUACGGCGGCACAAGGCUCCCUCUAGGGGUCCCGACAUGGAUGUGGGCUGCCACGGUGUGGUGGUGGCUCAUGGCGGUGGUUUGGGUUGUUCACGGCGGCGGAUGGACAUCUCUGGCGUCGGCCCGUCGGUGUACCGCAUGUGUCGACCUUCAAUCCUUCUUCUCGGUCGUCCGUCCGCUAUCUUCGUCGAUGGUUGGCCCUCCCCCAACUGUGGUCCAUCACUCGUCUCGCACCCGGCAGCAGGACCGAGCUCGUCUCGCGCCCAGCAGUAUGACUGGCCUUGUUUUGCGUCCGGCAGCAGAACCGAGGUCAUCUCGCGCCCGGUGCCGCAGGACGGGGCGAUGGAGACCAGUUUUGGCCAGCCUAUUGGGUCUCGGCACUGCGGCAGCCUAGGGGUGCGAAUGGCGGGUCCUUUCCGCUCGUGUCUUUGGUUGGGGUAGCGGCGGAUCUCAGGUGAGGUGGUGUCCAGGUAUUGGAUGCCGAGGCGGCGGCCUUGGUGGUGGGUCCGCGAGGCUCAUGUGUAGAGCCCGUGGCUUUGGUGCUGCCCGGUUGCCAUGGCCGUGUGGGCGGCGUGGUAUUUGAGGUGUGGCGUUUGGUGGCGGUGA